AUGGGUGUCGCUAGGAAGACGAGGAAGUUCGCGACGGCACACGACCGACGCAAGGAUGAGGUGACGAAGAAGAAGGAGGAAAUUGAGCACAAAAAAAAGGAGCUCGCCGUGCGGGAAGUGCCGCAAAUGCCGUCGUCUAUGUUCUUCGAGCACAACACAGCUCUGGUUCCGCCUUACCAAGUCCUGGUCGAUACCAACUUUCUGGCGAGGACAGUCGGAGGCAAGCUGCCGCUUCUCGAGACUGCUAUGGAUUGCCUCUACGCCUCAGUCAACAUUUGCAUCAGUUCAUGUGUUAUCAGUGAGGUGGAAAAGCUAGGAAGCCGUUACCGUGUAGCUUUAAUGAUUGCACGCGAUGAGCGGUGGACACGCCUGACGUGUGACCACACGGGUACUUAUGCCGACGACUGUAUCGUCGACCGCAUACAAAAACAUCGCAUCUAUAUUGUCGCUACAAACGAUCGCGACCUCAAGAGGCGGAUACGCAAAGUUCCAGGUGUGCCUAUCAUGUCUGUCGCCAAAGGCAAGUACGUGAUCGAGAGGCUGCCCGGCGCUCCCACCACUUGA